CGAUGGCGUCAUCCAUCAGUUUUCUAUUGGCCGGCGACGUGGGUGACGUAAGCAGACAACAACAGGAACCGGAGGCCGCGACAACGCGCACCGUCACCUCCCAAGGCCCAAGGCCCAAGGCUCCAGCUCAGUGAAUCACCAUGAAUGCCAUAUUUGGGAGGAGGAAGACCCCGGAGGAAAUGCUCCGGCAAAACCAGCGAGCUCUGAAUCGAGCCAUGAGGGAGCUGGACCGGGAGAAGAUGAAGCUGGAACAGCAGGAGAAGAAAAUCAUCGCAGACAUCAAGAAAAUGGCAAAACAAGGACAGAUGGAUGCAGUUAAAAUAAUGGCGAAAGACUUGGUGCGAACGCGACGCUACGUGAAGAAAUUCAUCAUGAUGAAGGCGAACAUCCAAGCUGUGUCCCUGAAGAUUCAGACGUUAAAGUCCAACAACACCAUGGCUCAGGCCAUGAAGGGUGUCUCCAAGGCCAUGGCCACCAUGAAUCAGCAGUUGAAACUGCCUCAGAUUCAGAAGAUCAUGAUGGAGUUUGAGAAGCAGUCAGAAAUUAUGGACAUGAAAGAGGAAAUGAUGAAUGAUGCUAUCGAUGAUGCCAUGGGCGAUGAAGACGAUGAGGAAGAGAGCGAUGCCAUUGUCUCUCAAGUGCUAGAUGAACUUGGUUUGAACCUGACUGACGAACUGUCCAACCUUCCGAGCACUGGAGCGUCACUCAGUGUUGCUGCUGGGAAAAAAGCAGAGCCUGUGGUCCUGGAAGAUGCAGACGCCGACUUGGAGAAACGGCUUAAAAACCUCCGUAAAGACUGAGGGAGUUGAUGAUUUUUCCUUUUCUUUGUGUUCAUAUUUUAAACUGGGGGUUGGGGUAGGAGGAAUAUUACCCACUCUAUAUAGAGAAAUAGUGAUUUAGUUAUCUUUUUCAUUUUGUUUUAUGGAAUGAUUACCGAACUGUGCAGCUGGAUUCUGCAGGAUCUCCUCUACGCUGUGCCCGUGUCUGAUAGCACAGAGUGGCAAUGCUACUAACAUAGCGAGCAAAACCCAGGCUGGUGAUACAGGGCAACCUGCUGUUAAACGCAGUUAAGAUCUUGUUUGCAAGCACUUUUUUUCUUCUUCUUCCUGCCCUCCUUUGUAUUGUCUGUUGAUGGCCCUCUGCCACUUGGGCGUUGAUAACCACCAAAUUGGCAGAGCAUAAGGUUCUGACCUUUAACCCCACACAAGCCUUUUGCCCUAAGGGAGUAUUUAAACUGGCACUGGAGGUAAAUCAGAAGAUAACAUAAUUGUGUACGUACAUGGGAUUGUCUUUAAUUUUAUUUGAGGCAUGGCGCCACGAUGUCCCUAUCGGGAAGGGAAUCUGAUUCCCAUGAUGUUUUGCCAGGCCCUGUGGAAAUGGCAAAGCUCCAGUGACUUACUGACAAACCGUGGGCUGCUUCACAUCGCACUGAUAAACCUUCUCGUCCAUGGUGUAGAUUUGGAGUUCCUGUUCUGCCCAUGUGCUUCUAACGCCACAGUGAACCCUGAACCUCUGCUACUGCCGCCUGUGCCACAGAGCCUUCUCUCUUGAAGGUGGCGUUACCUGUCGAGGUGUGGUGAAUCCAGGAGUACAGCUCCUACCAGCCGUAGCUUGAUCAAAUUGCUGGGCAGCAGUUGGGCACUCUUCCUCUCCCCCCCACCAACUACCCCCAUACAAUUUUUAAAAAUGUUUAUUUCUUAAGAUUUGUAUAAAGGUGUGUGCAGUAAGCCCAGAGCAUGAUUGUAGUCUGGUGCCGAUCUGUCCAUUGCUGUGCAUCAGGUUGUUACUAUUAGAGUUUAUAGUGGGAUGCACCAAUGUAAACGUGUCACAGUAAUUAUAUCCUCCUGUAAUAGUGCCACCUUUGGUCAGAUACAGUAGUUGCAGUAUGACAGGUGGCGAUUUCCAAUGUUGGACUUGACAUGGGAGUAUUGACCAUAUAAAUGGCAGGGUGGAAUAUUUGUCUUUGACUUUGGCCUGAAUUAUGCCUCUCUAUCCUGGUCGAAUUAUGCCUCUCUAUCCUGGUCGAAUUAUGCCCCGUUCUUAAACUGCACUUUCACCCAUUUGGUUGUAACAUCACAGCGGCUUGACUGGUAUUGAAUGGAAGAAUGUCAUGCCAAACCACCUGCAAGAAUGAUUUCCUUUCUUCAUAAUCGGUCAGCUGUGCAAUUAGAUCAGAGUGUCUGAGCUUGACUGUCUGUGAAAUGCCGCCUUGUCAUUAUGCUAGAGCUGGGACUUCCUCUGUCUGUUGUUCAAUACAACCACUGCCCCAUCCCAUGAGUGCUUGCUGUGAAAAUUUGGGGGCCCCUACUCUCCACAGCAGAGAGACUGGCCUGAGCUCCCUGGAGUAUGGGACUGCAGCAAAUGCAUUGCACCUUUUUAUUAUUGACUGACCAACUGAACAGGGUGUAAUCCGAAGGAGUUGUUGCUGUCUGUGGCUAGUGUCAAGGAGUUGACUGGUCUCCUGGACACUUCCCUGAAUCACCUCACCAUACUGUGGAGUGCAUUCUGUAUUCCAUUUGCCCUUUAUACUUUUAAACCCUGCAAAAGCAGGUGGCAUGAAUGGGUUUCAGAGUAGCUAGUCCAGACUGUAUGCUGUUUCAAUGGGCAAUAUAACCUGCAGGCAGUGGUGUUGGGGAGGAAAUAUGCCAUUUGGCUUCAGCUUUACCCUCAGUAAAUUGACAUUGAACUGAACCAGUUUAGGGGAAAGGUUGCUUGUCAUGCCCCAGGACCCAUAAAGCAUUGGAUGACCUCCCCUCUACACCUGCACAAGGCGUCAAUUAUAGCUGUAUUUUAAGAGCUUGGACUGUAAAGUAUUAAUGGUUGAUUGAGUGAAUGAGAGCAGUACAAUGCCACGCUCCCCUUCAGGUUGUACAGUAGAGUACCUAGGAGAGAGUUAUGGGGCAAGGAGGCACUGUAGGAAGUCUGUAGCCAGUCACUGAAGCACAUAGCCAAUCCCUCAAAUCUCAGCUAAUGUGAAGAGGACAGUUACGUGCUGAUGGGCCUCAUACACUGAGUUGAUUGUAAUGUGUGGGAGUGCAACUGCUUCUAGUUAUAACCCUGCAUUUCUGUUUUAAUAAUGAAACCUCGCAAGAUGCCUUCUGUGUAAACGGCUGCUAUGAUGCACUUUUUGUAAAACUCCAUGUACUGUUAAUAGUGCCAGUCGAUAUGACUGUAUUAUAUUCACCUUUAUCAGGAGCUGGAAGAUGGGGCAAAGUGCACUACAUUACUUUUCUUGCAGGGUGCUUUUCUACUGGGGAAGUUUUCUUUUUGUUUGUCUAUGCACAAUCCUAUUUUUCUUUUGGUCACAAUAAAUUAUGCAGUGUUUAGUCA